CCCGUCCCUUCACAACAGCCGACGCCGCGUUGCAUUGUGGGACACAAACAAAGUGCCCGGCUAGGCUGGAGUGAAGGGUGGCGGGGGGGGGGGGAGGAGGAGAGCUUGAGCGCCUGGGCCCCGCGCGCCAGUUACCUAGCCAGCGCGUGAGUGGCCCCGCGCCAUCGUCGCCGCCUCCUCCCCCAAUCCCCCCUCCACCUCGCUGCGCGAGAGCGCUUGCGUACGGGCGCGCAGGCCUCCGCCUCCUCCUCCUCUCUUUCCUCCUCCCCCCUUCUUUUUGACGCCCGCGGCGCGAGCCCAGAAGAACCAACGGCUGUGGUGCUGCUGGCGGCGGUGGCCGCCAUGGCCCAGCACGGGCCUAGACGCGGGCCGAGAUAGGGGGGAGGCGGCUUCGCCUCUAGGCCCGGGGAGGGGGACGAAAAGAAGAAAGCUCGGUCUCCUGCAGAUAUAUAUGUAUAUAUUUACACACACACACACACACACACGCCUACCGAGCCCGGAAAAGGAGAGAGCCUCGCCAAUAGCAGGCACAUAUUGAUCUCUUGCAUUGUGGAUAUUAGCAAAACCAGAAAAAAUGGGUGUCAAAACAUUUACCCACAAUUCCCCUGCUCACAGCCAAGAGAUGCUUGGAAAGCUUAAUAUGCUACGAAACGAUGGGCAUUUCUGUGACAUCACCAUUCGUGUCCAAGACAAAAUCUUUAGAGCACACAAGGUUGUACUGGCAGCCUGCAGUGACUUCUUCCGUUCCAAGUUGGUUGGCCAAGCAGAAGAUGACAGCAAAAGUGUACUUGACCUGCAUCAUGUGACAGUGACUGGGUUCAUGCCUCUUCUGGAAUAUGCAUACACAGCAACAUUGUCUAUUAACACAGAAAAUAUUAUUGAUGUCUUGGCUGCAGCCAGCUAUAUGCAAAUGUUCAGUGUUGCUAGCACCUGUUCCGAGUUUAUGAAGUCGAGCAUUUUAUGGAACACUCCCAGUAGCCAACAAGAAAAGGUGCUAGAUACAGGACAGGAAAACAGUGCAAACUGCAAUUUUACCUCUCGAGAUGGUAGCCUUUCUCCAGUUUCCUCUGAAUGCAGUGUGGUGGAAAGAACCAUUCCGGUUUGCAGAGAGUCACGACGGAAGCGCAAAAGCUACAUAGUUAUGUCACCAGAAAGUCCGCUUAAAUGUAGCACUCAGACAAACUCACCACAGGUUCUGAAUCCUUCAGCUACCUAUGCAGAGUCUAGAAGUCACCCUGUGGAUUCUUCUUUAGCUUUUCCUUGGACUUUCCCUUUUGGAAUUGACCGAAGACUUCAAUCGGAGAAGGUGAAGCAAGCAGAGAAUUCUCGGACUCUAGAAGUGCCUGGUCCAUCUGAAGCAUCUAGAAGAAUUGCUGAUUAUGUGACUUGUGAGAGCACAAAGGCCAGUUCGCCUCUAGUAAUUGAAGAAGAUGUGCGUGUAAAAGUGGAAAGGUUAAGUGAUGAGGAAGUCCAUGAGGAAGUAUCACAGCCUGUCAGUGCAUCCCAAAGCUCUCUGAGUGAUCAACAGACAGUUCCAGGAAGCGAACAAGUUCAGGAGGACCUUUUGAUCAGCCCGCAGUCAUCUUCUAUAGGUUCAAUAGAUGAAGGGGUCACUGAGGGAUUGCCAACACUCCAGAGUACCUCUGGUGGUAACGUCCAUGCAGAUGAUGAUGAUAGAUUGGAGAAUGUCCAGUAUCCUUACCAACUCUAUAUUGCUCCUUCAACCAGUAGCACAGAGAGACCCAGCCCAAAUGGCCCUGAUAGACCUUUUCAGUGUCCAACCUGUGGUGUUCGAUUUACCCGUAUUCAGAACUUAAAACAGCACAUGCUGAUCCACUCAGGCAUUAAACCAUUUCAGUGUGACCGUUGUGGGAAAAAGUUCACCCGGGCUUAUUCGCUAAAGAUGCAUCGCCUGAAGCACGAAGGUAAACGCUGUUUCCGGUGCCAGAUAUGUAGUGCCACUUUCACUUCCUUCGGGGAAUAUAAACACCACAUGCGGGUUUCCCGGCACAUUAUCCGCAAGCCUCGGAUUUAUGAGUGCAAAACAUGUGGCGCCAUGUUCACCAACUCUGGAAAUUUAAUCGUUCAUCUGAGGAGUCUGAACCAUGAAGCGUCAGAGCUAGCAAACUACUUCCAGAGCAGUGAUUUCCUAGUACCGGACUACUUAAACCAAGAACAAGAAGAGACCCUUGGCCAGUAUGAGCUAGGAGAGCAUGGAUUUGAAAGCAGCUCCUCUGUCCAAAUGCCUGUUAUUUCGCAGGUUUCAUCAACUCAGAAUUGUGAAAGCACUUUCUCCUUGGGGCCUCUGGGUGGGUUGGCAGAAAAGGAGGAAGACAUGCCAGAGCAGCCAAAGACUAUUGCAAGUGCCGAGGCAAGCCGAGAUGACCCCCCGAAACCGGGGCUCUCGUCUAUUACUAUUGAAUAAGUCAAGCGUUUGGUUUCAUUUUUGUCUUUUUGGAAAGUGCCUGUGUUUGGUCUUGUACAUUUUAAUUUAAUUUUCAGAAGGGGGGGUAAAAUGUAUCCCUUUUUAUUUUGUAAGCUAUGCUGUUAAAACCAUAAACUGCAACAGAUAUCACACUAUUCUUCACAACCAAACAGGCUCUUCUGUGGAAAAGUUUUAAGACUGAAAUGCACAGUAAGGUUCUGUCAGAACAUCAUCUGCACUUCUAAAGGAAAGCUAAGCACACACAAACUACAUUUAUGGUUUCUUAUUCUGAAAUUAGACCUAAUUAUUAAUGGAUUACUUUGCCUACCCUGUUUUUGCUGGAUUUCUGAUAAAGGAAGAGAAAUUAGUGGCUCUUGAAAUGAUGUGGUUUGAGUACACAAAAAAAGAAAGUACGAAAGAGUAAAAUCAGCUGUGUUGAUAUAAAUUUGAGUAUUGUCUAGAAGGAAUCAGUUCAGUCUCCCUUUCUUUUAGGUAUGUUUACUAUAACCAUUUCUAAAACUUGCCAGACCUCUGUUUUUAAAGUGAAUGAUUGAUUCACUUUGACAAAGCAAAGAGGGACAUGCCCAGGUAUGCUCACCUCUGGUAUGCCACUCCUUUUUAGAAACUGCACAUCCAAAUGGCCUUAUCCAGAUUUGAUUCUCUGAAGUGAUACAUAAAAACUCUCUAGUCAAGAAGGCCUAGUUAUAGUUAACAUCUUGGGCUAGCAGAAAAAUACAAGGAGAGCGUUUACAAAUGGCAAAAGAGCUUUUGUGCAUUAAUGUACUCUUUUGCAGUUAUACAUAUGUGUGUGUACUUACUGCGGUUUUAUUAGUCUGUUUUUAGAUAAUACAAGUAAUUUAUUUUCUUUUAGAGGCGAAGUUUCUAACCCAACAGAGGUUGUUGACAAAAGGCUUGUUAACAAUGAUAAAAUGUUCUUUUUCAAAAACAUUUUUAUACCCUUGCCAAGCUGGUUUCAUAAAAGCCAUUACUCCAGCUACAUACACAGCUCCAGCAAGCAAUAAUCUGGAAGACUUACCGUUUCAUUUUUCCCUCUUAAGUUUAUAAAAGUUAUAAACACAUCAUAGGGCAUUUUCAGGCCAGCAGUUUUUGGAUUUUUUUGCCAAUAUCUUCUGUUAUUGGUAAGCUUAGAAAUUUAAAUUAAACUACAUUUGUUCUCUUUUUUUUUCCUUGUUCAUUUGAUUUUGAGCAUCCUGAAACAUCUGGGCUUAAUAAUUCACCAAAUGCUUUUUAAACAGAUAUUUUAUCUGUGAAAGCACCAGUUCACAUUAUCAUCAAACUGAGAAUAAAAUUAAAAAGGGGUGAUAGGGGGGAAAAACAGUUGAGUAACUGCAGAGGGUAAUUAACAAGGCUGAUAUUUUAUGCAGCAGUAGUUGAAGUAUAUGGAAAACUGGAAAUCAUAGUUUCAAAGAAAUGUGAUUUCUCCUUAUAGAAAAACUAAGGAGACCUCUCUUUGUAUGAGUGCUCUGUUAAAUAGGUUGAGGUUUUUCUUCCCAUGAAUUUUAAAUAAAAUGGAUGAAAUUUAAAUCACGCUUCCAGAUUAGUAGGCAGUAUUUUCAGUAGGAAAUGUGCCCUCUGAAGCUCUAACUGAGUUCCUAUAUGAAUUAUGAUGGUUCUAUCAUAAAACAAAAACCAGCAAAACAUGAUUGUUUGUACAGUAAUUUUAAUAAUUCGAAUAAUUCUUGUAGAAGAAUUGGACUGUCCAUUUAUAAAUGCAGGAUGAAACUGGCUCAAAGUAGCAAAUUUAUCACAAAAUCAUAUUAAGACCAUGAGUCUAAAUGGUGCAGAAAGCUCAUAUGCAUUCAUACACAGCAAAUCAUCCAGCAGGUGCAGUGUGCAGUUAUGAGUUAUCUACAGAGGAUUUUUUUUCUGCCUGUACAUUGCAUCUUAUCUAUAUAAGGUCCAUUAUGAGGCAUUAUUUCAGAGUGUAAAUUGUACAUUUGAUACAUGCAAAUGUAGAGCAGGUGAUCUACAUUAAAAGAUUUUUAGGAGAUAUGAAACUUCAGAUCAGAAGUAAAUUGCUUUCUGAAAAAGUAAUACUAAGGAAAACACUAAAAGAAGAAAUUUAUAAAAGCUGUGUUCAAGCUCCAGUUAUGAAAAGUAAAAUUGAACAUAGUUACUGUUUACAUGAAUUAUGGGGUCCUGUGUUGUCUCAUGGUACAGAAAGCCCAUACCUUGUUGUAUUUAUUCAGUAUUUUUAAAUCUCAGCGCAACAAAGGAUCAGUUCACAGCUCUAUGUUCCACAGAAAUAACCUUUUUGUAUACAUAAGUGUUUCCUGUUGAAGAAAUAGCCCCUCUCCAUAGACCUACUUAUCAGGGACAAAAGUCUCUCUCUUCUUGUUUUUAUACAUUGGCAUUCUGGAAAUAAUAACUUCUUGAGUAAAACUUCAGUUAGAAGCAUUUAAAAUGUCCUUGUGUGGGUGAAUUCAUGGUCUAAAAGCAGAUAAAUGUCUUAGCACCUUGAGCAAUUCAUAUGUUUUAACUUGAAAACAUAACCCCACUUGUUUUAAAUUUAACUUAACUUCCAAGAAAGUGUGCCUAGUAUGAAUAAGCUAUUGUUUUAAGUCAGGGAUGGCAAACUGUCAGCCCCAUGGAAUCUCUUUGGCCUCCAAGAUAAUUUUGUCAGGCCCCUGAAAGAUCUGAAUUCUGGCCAGUGCUAUGGAGAAAUAAUUUACUACUACUCCUGUAGCAUCUAUCUCUUAUCCAAGCCAGAGUGCCUGGCUUUCACUCAUCCAUCCCAACCUGGACUCUUAAAGGAGAAUUGCCACAGCUUGCUGCCACAGUCUUCUCUUUCAGGGAGCAUCAGUAAACUAACCUAAAAGUAGCUAGCUGGAUGUACAGUUCUAGUAGCUAGCUGGAUGUACAGCUUAAAAAGGUUGAUCAUCCCUGUUUUAAAUUCAAUUGAACAUAAGUUCUGUUCCAUCUUUUCAAAGGUAUCAUCACAAGAAUUUCAUUUGGGGCUAAAUUGUUUUUCCAACCCAAGAUAGCAAAAUUGAGUUUAACUUUGGUAACACAGGAGAAACCUUUUGUAGUGUUGGGAUUAUCAUUGCAAUUCAAGUUAUUCGUAUGGUCGCUCCAGGAAUCUGGAUGUGCUGUACAGCCUUUCUUUCCAUGAUUUGUGUGUGAGAGAUUUAUAUUCAUAUGAAAAGCAUCUGUUGGAAAGGGCACAAAUAGGUGUUAGGAUCUACACCUGAUAUUUCUUCACUUCUCCUAUAGAAGGAGCAGAGCUUGCACACUGAGUGAGGAUUUAAAAAGGUGGAGGGGCUGAUUUUAAUGUGCCAACAGAUGACACCCACAAAUGGGUAUGGAGAGUGUGUGUACAUGAGGAUGAGUUCAUGUUCCCUCAAAGUGCAACAUAGAAUGUCAGUUUCAUUUAGCAAACAUCCUUGUACUGUAUCACCAGCGUAGGGCUCACUGUACCUUGGAUACAUCUUUUAAAAGUCAAUCUCUUUUCUCUGACCAAUGUUAUGCUCCCAGUUCCAAUUCAGAACACGAUAUCUUGUGUCUUUGAGAAUAGCUCUAGUCUGGGCACUUAUCCUUAGUGUGCAAAGUGUAAAUGUGAAUUUUUGUUGUUUUUGAGCAACCAGUGCCAGUGUAGCAAUAUAUAUAUAUAUAUAUUAUAUUUUAUAAAACUAUAAUCCCUAGGCCCCAGGUCCCAAAAGAGAUUAAAAUUGUAUUUUUUUAACAAUGCAUUUGCAAAUUUUAAAUAGUGGCUUUGGUCAGGUUUUUGGGGGUGGGGUGGGGGGACUGUUGCUACUUUUUCUUCACUAGCCUCAAGGUGGAAGAUAGUAGAGGGUUAGAUCCUGAUCCCCUACCUUUUUCUUAAGAGUCUGCAGAACAUGGUGUACCAGGAAUGCUUUGAAUGUGGAUCAAUAUAAAGGAGGCAAUUUUUACUCUUGGUUGCCUUUCUGCAGAAACUAUAAGGCUUGAUUUUCUUAUCCCAAUCAAUAAUGAACCAACAAAAACAAUGUCACAGUCCUUGACCUAAGACUCUGUAGGAAUAGUGGUUCCUGCCUAGAUUCAGGGUUAUACUCUGCCCUGCUACAAGGCUUUGGGGGUCACACUUGGCUGGGAAGUGGGGUAAUAUAAGAAAUCAAAUACUAGAGCUCAUCAUAGAAUAAAGCUGGUAUUUAAAAAAAAGAUACAAAUAUUUUUAAAUGCAGAAUAACUGGUUUUAAAGCUCUCUGGUGUGUGUUGUUUUUAUUUUAAUUUCUCUGUGUGAUAUCAGAGUACUUCAGCAGUUCUCAUACAUCUCACCCAGAGGCCUGGUUGCAUUAAUGGUGCUUUCAUGCAACGUUUUUGUGACCUGUUUUCUGGGUGAGGGUUAACAGAGACUUCAAAAGGGUAAUGCUAUUUGUUUUGGUUUGAUUUAGGGUGCCACAUGCUGUCAAUUUUAUUCUGACUACAGCCCGCACCAAUGGAAGCUUGAGAGAGCUUCCUGGCCCAUGCUUGCAGUGCUGUUUCUGGGCCUUUGUGAACUCCUUAAAGGGGAAGGGAGUAAAGCUGGAGUCAGAAAUGUGAAUUGAACUCUGAAGGGGCCCCUCCCCCUUUGAACUGUGCCAGUCUUCAGUCACCAGCCGCUAUUUCAUAGAGCUUUUCUUGUCUGUGCCGACCACAGCUAGGCUACUUGGCAUGUUUAUUGACUUAAUGGAAAAAUGUUUUCUGGGUUUGGUUUUAUUUUUAAUGUUGAAAUACACUUUGCAUUUUAUAUACUAUAUCUGGCUAUUAGUAUUUUUCAGGAACCCAUAGUUCUUGGUGGCUAUAUAUAUAUUUUUGUGACUUUUUGUAAACUAAAGUGCCGUUUCACUGUUACAAUCAUUUUUAGAGUUCUUGUAAUCAAUGUGAAUAUCAUGGUUUUUUCAAAAUCUGUUCUGAGCCUGUAGUGUUCGCUUUUGUGAUUCUCCGUGUAAUGUAUAUAUUCUGUAUAGUUACCUUGUACUGAAAUAUUAGCUUGUUUGAUAUAAGAAGAAUAUGUAUUGGGUACCUUUUUUGCUAGCCUGGUUGUUUAAUCUUUGAAAAAAACUUCAAAAACAAAAAAAAUCUCCAGACUGGUCCCAUUAUAAGUCAAAAUUGAGAGGGAAGAAAAACUAGUUUUGAGUGUCUUUGGAUAGAAACAUAAGAUUUUUCAUUAAAAUAUUAAUGUUUUAUGGAGUAA